AUGGCUGUCAGGGCUCCUCUGGGGUUCAGUCCUUCGACAAACCCAUUGUUCUCUCCAUUUUCGCCCUUUGCAGACCAUCCUGACUCGCCUCGGCCUCGAGCCAACGCAAACACGGGGCUCCCUAUGUCCGGGACCGACAAGAGCCAUACCGCGAAUGACAACCAGCUCAAGCCCCCGCCUGCGAACUAUAUUACCUCGCCGCAGGACCCUGUAGCCCCUUCUCCCGUCGCUUCAGACGUCACCAACUUCGAGGACGUGGAUGAAGAAGUAGAAGAGGAGGGAACAGAGCGAGGAUCGGUGGCUGAGUUUGCGGCAGCAUUCCAUGCGCAACAAAGACCUCCGGUGACGUCCCCCUUAAAGGAGGGCUUGCAAAACAUCACAACUCCGUUAAGAGUCGAGACGGGUGCUGUUCUGGACGAACAGUUCCGCACAAGGUUGGAAGAGGAGAAAGAGCCUCAGUCGGUCAUCCACAUACCAACUGGGUUUGGGAAAUUUCCGAACCUAGAAGCCUCGCAGUCUCUCCCUAGACAACAGGAGCCGUCCCAGCCAGAGGCCGAACCUGAAGACAGCCAGACAACGGAGAGCAGAGAGCUUGAGAGGGCAAGAGCCGACUCUACCACCUCCAAAGCCUCCGAGGCAACUGUCACUAAACCGGCUCCGCCUGUCGCGAAACCAGCUGCUAGGACUCAUGACGGCCCCAUGCCUCCGACCCCAUUACAAACCAGCCUGCCUUCCUUUCCACUCCACGACUGGUCCCGGACCCCAAGAGCACAGACUCGACAAGAUUUAGGUUCCUUGAGCCGUCCUGGCUCGAGCCUUGCCAGUAUCCUCGAGGGUGACGACACCGAUCAUCCCAGCAGCGACGAGACAGGUGCCGAGAGUCACAUAGGCCAACGAUUCCUGCAGGACGCUGAAGCUGAAAUCAAUGCCCUGCGCAAUGCUCUCUCUGAGUGUUGGACUCUCUGCAAUACUCUGGCCAGCUUGAGCCACAUCCAUCGUGAGAGGAUAUUCAACUUCUCGGGUCGUGGUGACAUGCAGGAACAAGCGUGGAAGUCGUGCUGGAAGCUGUGCCAAAAUCUCUACGAUACCAGGGACGAUCACGCGUCACAAGCGUUUUCUCAUAACUCUUCCCGACCUACCUUGGAUCUGUGUCGUGAUUUCUGUCAAGCCCUUUUUGAAGUCCGAGUCCGAGACAACGAGACGGCCGACUCGGUGCUCAGAGUCAGCUUCGAACUGAACAAUCACCUAUUCAACACUCAUGACCGGAGUCUGCCCGAAGCAUUUCGCGAAAGGACUCUGGAUUUCUAUAUCACACUAUGUCACCGGCUGAUGAAACAGAAGUCGAAAAUGGCCGACGAGACGGAUUCCUUACUCCGAGCCUGCUGGUCGUUGGCCGAGAUGCUGUUCAGUCUCCGGCAGAACCGGCGCGAAGGCAAACGACCCGACUCGGAACUCCUUGGAUCAGCGAUCCAAGCGUGUUGGGAGCUUUGCGACCUGUUCAGGGAAGGCUGGACCCAGAUUCGCCCCGAAAGAGGGACCCCGAGACCAAGCCAGACCACCUUCACCCAGGCGUUCCAUCAAGCUAAACGAUCUGGAUUUGCCCCCCUUGAUGAGAACGGCAACCCUAGACUGCUUCCCGAGACACCUACCACUAUCUUCGAGGACACCGUAACCACCAUCUCGCCAGACGAAGCACCUAUCCCCAACAUUCUCGUCCUUGGGGCAGAGGAAGCUUCCAGGAUGUCCUCCGCCUCGUCUACUUCUUCCACACCCGCACCGAAUCAAAGCAGACAAAUCUCCCCCAACCCUCCCACUCAACGUAAUCCGCAUUCUGCCAACCCUGCGAUCAACCACAGAUGGUCUUCAAGCUCCUCGGUACUUUCUCUUCCGGCGUCCGCCGUGUCGGAAGGCGGUCCAAACCCCGUGUCUGCUACUACGGUAUCAACAGUCCGUACGCCGGGUGAAGAUCCCACGCUCAUUCUCUUGAAAACGCUGUUCGUGAAAGCUGCGAUUGCGACCGGCCGAGGUUUCACGCGCCAGUCAGCGGAUCCCAACGUGAACUCCUUACCCAAUUUCGUCCGGAACUUACCAGACACGGCAUUCGGCACACAAGCAUGGCAGAUUACUCUACUCGACAACUACCGGAAAACCGUGGGCAACGACUCGUCAUUUCGCAACCUGGGCGUUGCAGGUACAAUCGCCGAGCAAGGCCGUGUCAACGCCGUGGAACUUGCCCGAGCCGUGCGCGGCAUGACCAGCUGUGUCUACGGCUUUGGCUGGCUUAGAGACCUCUACCGAUUUGUGUUUGGGUAUUAUAUCGAAGAGGCGCUCAAGGGCGCCAGCUCCCAGGUUACUGGCAGUCGAAGGGCGGUGCGGCAGCAUGGCCCUGCGGCUAGUCUUGCUGCUGCGCUUAUGAGCAAUACUGCUCCUGCCUCGGCUGGUGGGGCGGGAGGCGCCAGCUCCGCAGGAGGGAAUGCGGGUGCGAAUGCUACUGGGAACGGAAAUGGAAACGGAAAUGCAAGCGGCAGUGGAAACGGUAAUGGCAGUGGACAUCCGCACGGAAGACGGACUACGAGUCAGUAA